UACAAGAUUCAAGCACCAACAGUCCAACACACAAAAACACACACACACAACAAUGGCACAACGUCACACUCCAUUGACCUUCACCGUCCGGAGACGUGCACCGGAGCUAAUCCGACCGGCAAAACCUACGCCUCGAGAACUGAAGCCUCUCUCCGACAUUGAUGAUCAAGAAGGGCUUCGGUUCCAGAUCCCGGUGAUCCAGUUUUAUCGUUCGGAUCCAAAAAUGAGAAAUAAGAACCCGGCGAGUGUGAUCAGGGAGGCUCUGGCCAAAGUUCUGGUUUUCUACUAUCCGUUUGCUGGCCGGCUCAAGGAAGGUCCGGCGAGGAAGUUGAUGGUGGAUUGCACCGGCGAGGGUGUGUUGUUUAUCGAGGCGGAUGCGGAUGUUACGCUGAAGCAAUUCGGAGAUGCACUUCAGCCGCCGUUUCCUUGCUUGGAAGAGCUCCUUUAUGAUGUUCCUGGAUAUGGUGGAGUUCUCGAUACACCAUUGCUGUUGAUUCAGGUGACACGAUUAUUAUGUGGGGGUUUUAUCUUCGCUCUACGACUAAACCACACAAUGAGCGAUGCACCCGGACUCGUACAAUUUAUGACGGCACUAGGCGAAAUGGCACAGGGUGCACCAGCACCCUCCAUAUCACCUGUGUGGCAAAGGGACUUACUUUUCGCAAGAGACCCGCCACGAGUGACAUGCACUCAUCAAGAGUAUGAAGAAGUGGAAGACACCAAGGGUACAAUCAUCCCACUAGAUGACAUGGCACAUAAGUCAUUCUUUUUCGGACCUGCUGAGGUGGCAGCUCUACGUAGAUUUGUCCCAUCACACCUAAAAAAAUGUUCCACCUUUGAAGUCCUAACCGCUUGCCUCUGGCGUUGUCGUACCAUCGCCCUAAACCCUGAUCCUGAAGAGGAAAUGCGAAUUAUUUGCAUAGUCAACGCACGUGCCAAAUUCAACCCGCCACUUCCAACCGGAUACUACGGAAACGGAUUCGCGUUUCCGGUCGCCAUUUCCAGUGCGGGAGAUCUAUCAAAAAAACCGUUAGGGCACGCGUUAGAGCUUGUGAUGAAGGCUAAGUCUGAUGUCAAUGAAGAGUACAUGAGAUCAAUCGCUGAUUUAAUGGUUAUUAAAAACCGACCCCACUUUACUGUUGUUCGAGCGUACCUUGUAUCCGAUGUGACACGCGCUGGAUUCGAUGUGGUUGACUUUGGGUGGGGGAAGGCGGCUUAUGGUGGGCCUGCUAAAGGUGGAGUGGGUGCCAUACCUGGUGUUGCCAGUUUUUAUAUACCGUUUACAAACCAUAAGGGGGAAUCUGGAAUUGUGGUGCCUGUGGUUUUACCAAGUGCGGCAAUGAAGAUAUUUGUUCACGAGUUAGAUAACAUGUUGGCGCAAGACACCAACGGUCAAGGACACGAAGAACACAAGAUAUUUGCUUUUUCCCGUUUAUAAAUUCAACUUGACUACGCAACAUGUCUUUAAGAGAAAUUUUGGUUGAAACAUGUUCUAGAAAGUGUAUAUGUAUAAUUAAGUGGUUGUAUGGUUCUCUAUAUUUUCAUGUGUUGUAUGGUUUUGUUUCUAAAUAAUCAAUCGAAAUGUUAUCUUUAGUUAAAAA